AUGCCACAGCCGGAGGAUCUCAUGCGGAGACUGGGUAGAGGCCACUGUUUCACGAAGAUUGACCUCGCUGACGCAUACAAUCAGAUCUGCCUUGGCCCAGAGUCGCAGAAGAAACUUGCCCUCAGCACUCACAAAGGCGUCCUGCUACAGAAACGCCUGCCGUUUGGAAUAACCUCUGCUCCCGGUUAUUUCCAAGAAAUCAUGGACCAGUUAACUCAAGACCUGCCUGGUGUGGCCGUCUACCUGGACGACAUCCUUGUCAGCGGCAACAAUGCGGCGGAACACCUGCAGAAUCUCCGAGGCCUGCUCCAGCGUCUACAAGACAAGGGACUACGCUGCCGGUUGGAGAAGUGCUCCUUUGCUCAGCCUUUUGUAGAGUACCUGGGACACUACCUUUCCAAGAACGGUAUUGCUAAAGGUCCAAAAACAGAUGCCAUCAUGAAGUUACAAGACCUUAACAGUACCUAA